UUCUCAGUGUAAUUUAAUGCAGAGCCUCAUGACACACAAGUACACACACACACACCAACAUGCACACAAUCGCUCAGGUUGAGAUGCAGAGCAGGCACACGUGUGCUGGUUUGUGAGCAGGGGUGAUUCUUCAUGUGUUUCUGACUCAUUAACUUAACUGUGUUGGUCUGAUGGUGGACGUUGGACCUGGAGGGAAGGAGAGGCAGCACGAGAAGAAGAGAAGAGAACAGGAAAGAACAGAAGGAAAGAGGAUAUGAAGAAUGGGAUAGAAAAAGCAAUGGACAAACCAACACUUCUAGUUGAGGAGAUGGACUGAAGUGAGUCAGAGAGGCAGAGAGGACAAAUACCCUGAAUGGACAUGGGCAGAGAGCGACCAUCCCUGGGACUGCUGCUGCGUGUGGGUGUUCUGCUCACUGCCGUGUGCGUGUGCGUUCAUGUUAUCCUAGAGACAGGUUGGUCUGGGACAUCUGAACCCCCGGGACGUCCCUCAGCUGCGGGACGUCCCAUCCUGUCUGAUCAGAACCUGGGCCAACAAAGCAGAACUAAGCGGGUGUCUGCAGAAGUAGAGGAGCAGGACAGGAGCGUCAAAAAGAGGAUCUCUUACGUUCGGACCCUGAAGAAGGAGAGUCCAGGUAAGAAGAGGGACGAGGACGGAGAGGCCCCCUCAGCUCCUCUCAGCCCGCACAGAAAGACUCCUCGGUGGCACAUAGAGCUGGAGCCAUGGGCCAGUGAGAGUCAUUCUCUGGAGGAAGAGGCCAAAAGGUUCCUCAGCUACAUCACAACACCACAAGUGGUUUGUUCAUCGCUGGCUCGUGAAGAAGCUGCUCCAGAUGGGUCAAAGGACGCGUGGGCUGUGUGCCUGGACCCGAAGUACAGCCUGACCCACAGGAUACAAAGCAAACACUGCAGGAUCUACUCUUUUGGGUUGGGGGAGGAUGACCGGACCCUGGAGCGCUCCCUCGCCAGCUCAGGCUGCGAGGUCCACUGCUUCGAUCCCGGCCUGAAGCAGCCUCACCUGCAGGAGGCCGACAUGUGGCUCCAUCGGCUCUCGGUGGACUGGAGGGAUCCCAACCCGGCCGUCGUGGCCCAACGUCAGUACGCCAACACGAAGAAACUGGCCACCAUCCUGAAUGACUUUGGACACAGACAGGUGGACGUGCUUAAGGCGGACAUGGAGAGCGCAGAGUGGAAGAUCUUGGAGAACCUGAUCCUGGAGGGAGUUCUGGACUCGGUGGGUCAGAUGCUGCUGGAGGUUCACCUGCACUGGGCUGGUUUCGAGGUGGGCGGCGACGACCCGUCAGUGGUGCGGUACUGGUUCAGCCUGCUCAAAGAGCUGGAACGCGCCGACUUCCGGCUCUUCCAUGUGCACAGUGACCCGGCAAAGCCACACCUCUUCCUGCACAAGAAUAUUCUCAAUGCCAGCAGUGUUUACACACUGAGCUGGGUGAACACGCAGUGGAAGCCUUGAGCCAGAUUGACAAAAAAAAACAAUAAACUGCAGGAACGGCAACUGGAUUAAAAUUCGCGAGUUUGUGUACAUUUUUCAGUGCGAGCACGAAUUCCUGCUGCAGCACACCUGCUCUUAUCUGGCUUGACCUUUUCGUAAAGCUAAAAUCCCUGCUCCCACUUACACACCCCCCUCCUCCCGCUCCUGGCCUGUAAUGACCUCAGUCGUGUAGAGGGGCAGAGUAAUUGCCUGCAGAGGCGUCUCUGUGUUCUACCUCAUUGUGGCUGUGUUGUUGGCUGCAGGUCAGCCUCUGAGUCACACCCACCCGGGUGGGUAUGGCUCAUGGCCAGACGGUCCUGCCUGAUAUUAGACAACCUUUUUGGAUUCACAGACCCAAGAGACAGCAGCCGGCAGAACAGUGGAUUAAUUCAGACACUUUAUGUUAAAGGAGGAAGGAAGAUGGGAUCUGCUCUGGAGGCAGAAGAUAAGUGUCUGGACACUUCCCUGCGGAUGAACUUGUUAGACUAUGUCUGGAUCACAGAACAAGACAAUUUUAUGAAUAACUGCAUUAUUAAAGUCUCAUGUACGCAGUGUGUGUAUUGGAUAUUUGAAUGAGGAUGUGUGACAGAGAAAAGAUUCAGGUGUAUAUAUCUUCUUCUGAAGUUUAAUUGGCCUUUACCACAAAAAUCAACAAAUUUAGUCAAAAAAUUUAACACUAAACAAAAAUCAUAAACUUACACAACUUGCCAAAUACUUUGAUAUAACUUAAUUAAACAAGGAAACAAAGAAUUGUUUUUUUCUUUUUCAUGAUAUUGUGUUAACCUAUAUUGUGUUUUUAAAAAAAAUUAUAUGCAAGAAUUCUUCAUUAAAAACAACGAGACCUACGUUAUAUA